AUGACAGUUACAAAUCAAACUGAUGGAGCGACCACAACCACAGCAGCAGCGACGACACAGACCACAAUCGAUGCUGGGAGUCCCCUUUACAUACAUCCUUCCGAUAACCCGGGAUCCAGUCUUGUUCCAGUACCUUUUGAUGGGGUUGGAUAUCGUUCCUGGAGGAGGAGCGUGCUCAGUGCCCUUAUAGUGAAGAACAAGUUAGGUUUCAUUACUAGAGAUACUGAGAAACCGGUUGCGAAUUCUCCACUCUUUCGUCAAUGGGAAAGGUGCGAUGAUAUGGUCACCUCGUGGAUCUUAAAUUCCUUGUCAAAGGACAUAACUGACAGUGUUGAGUAUGUAAACGAUUCCGUUGAGCUGUGGAAGGAGCUGCAGGAUCGAUAUGAUCAGACGAAUGGGGCUAAGUUGUACCAAAUUCAGAAGGAAAUCAACGAUUUGAGUCAGGGUGUGCUUGAUAUCACCGGUUACUACACGAAAAUGAAGAAACUCUGGGAGGAAUUGAACACUCUCAGUGUCAAAGCUCAUUGCAGUUGUAUAUGCACUUGUGGGGCGAAGGAGAACAUGCAUAAGGCAGAACAGGAUAGGAGGCUCAUACAGUUCCUAAUGGGGCUCAAUGAAGUGUAUACGGUUGUUCGAGGAAGCAUACUUAUGAUGAAUCCCUUGCCAAACAUGGCACAGGCAUUUGCCCUCCUAAUACAGGAAGAGAAACAAAAAGAAUUUAGGCCCAGGAACCAGCUGAAUGUCGAUUCCACAGCACUAAGAGCCCAAAGUGCUGCGACAGAAGUCAAUCACAAACUUAAAAAGCCGUUUUAUAUAUCAAGCUAA